GCUCCGGCCCCGCCCAGCGCUCCCCUCCCGGCCGGGCAGCGCCGCCAUGGCGCUGGAAUUGGAGCCGUCCGCGGCUCCCCUGAGCUCCUUCCUGAGGGACUUCCCGGCGCCGCUGGGCCCGGGGGAGCCGCUGCCGUGGAGCUCCGCGGGGAGCGGCGCCCUGAGCAGGCCCGAGGUGCCGGGCGCGCUGGCCGAGCGAGCGCGGAGCCUCCUGGGCAGCAGCAGAGAUGUUUCACCACUUCUUGCGGCAUCAUUGAUCCAUGCUGCAGUUGAAGAAGUUCUCCAAACAGACUUGACUGAAUUUAAGCUGCAAAAUGUGGAAACAGAGGGAGAAGGAGAUGAGGAAAGGUUCACCUUGCUGGACGGGGAGUCGCUGCAGCGCUGCUUUUUUAACAAGCUGCGGGACGUGUGCUGCGAGUGGCAGAAGCAGCCGCCGCCUCUGCGGCCGCUGGCGCGCUUCCUGCUGGUGUCCAUCCACGCCAUCCGCAACGCGCGCCGCAAGAUGGAGGAUCGCCACGUGCUGCUGCCCGAGUUCAACCAGCUCUUCGGCCUCUCGGACGAUGUUGAUCGUGCUUACUUUGCCGUAUUCGAUGGCCAUGGUGGAGUGGAUGCUGCCAAUUACUCAGCAACCCACUUACAUGUGAAUGUUGGGUUGCAUGAGGAGAUUGUUAAGAAUCCAGCUGAGGCCUUGAAAUGCUCUUUCCAGAAGACAGAUGAAAUGUUUCUUUUCAAAGCCAAAAGAGAGAAGCUGCGGAGUGGCACCACAGGUGUGUCUGCCUUGAUUGUAGGGAACAAACUGCACAUAGCAUGGCUGGGGGACUCUCAGGUGAUGCUGGUGCAGCAGGGGAAAGCUGUGACAUUAAUGGAACCUCACAAACCAGAAAGAGAAGAUGAGAGAGCAAGGAUUGAGACCCUGGGUGGUUGUGUAACCUACAUGGACUGCUGGCGGGUUAAUGGUACCUUGGCUGUUUCCAGAGCAAUUGGUGACAUCUGCCAGAAGCCCUAUGUCUCUGGGGAUGCAGAUGGAGAUUCCUUCGAGCUGACAGGCUCAGAAGAUUACCUGCUCCUUGCCUGUGAUGGGUUCUUUGAUGCCAUCAAGCCCCAUGAGGUUGUGGACCUGGUUCUGGAUCAUUUGGUGCAGACCAAAGGAGAGGGGCUCAAGGCAGCAGAGAGACUGGUGGCUGCUGCCAAGGACAACGGAUCCAGCGACAACAUCACAGUUCUGGUGGUGUUCUUGAGGGAUCCUCAGGACAUCCUGGCAGACUGUGUCAGAGACUCCAAGAGCCCUAGGGCUGAUGGUGAUGCUCAGAGCUCACCCUUCAACUUCCUCAGCAGCGAGGCAGCAGCCACACAGUGACAGAAUCUGUUUAGUCCAGAAUGCUCCAGUAAGUUCAUGUAAGGAACUGCUUUCCACUGAAGAAGCCUCUAAUACAGUGGGCAAAAUGUAUCAGGAAAACAGACAAAUGGACAAACGUGGAACAGAAAGGCAAGACCCCUUUUACUGAGUUCCCAUUUGUCUUUUCCUUCUCCCUUUUUUUCCCCCCUCCCCUCAAAAAAUACGGAGCAGAUGCAGAGAUUUGUACAGCUGUUUCAUCUCUGGGAGCAGACACUACAGCGUGUCCCAGGGCUGUUGGUCACAUCCCUCUGUCCUAGAAGUGGUAAGAAACCAUAAUAGGUAUAAGCUAAUGGAUGAAAAUAUGCAUUUCAUGAAUUCUGAGUGAAAAUUUAAACUGGUGCUUAAGAAGAGCACUGAACGUUGUACUUAACUGUGAUGUUACUUUGGAAGGUGGAGGGGAGAGGAGCGCGUGUCCCCAGCACAGAAAAACCUGUGUGUGUUCUGUAGGAACAUGCUCGGGCUGCAGGGACUGGGUGACACCAGCGUGCUGUGCAAGGAGCUUUUGGGUUGUACCAAAGAUACUACAAGAACAACACAGCCUCUUUAUCCAAACAGAAACAUUUAACAUUUGUGCGUAGGGAGAGGAGAAAAUAAAACUGGGUGCUCCAGAAAAGCAGGAAAAGUAGCUAGAAAUAUCCCAGGGAAAAUGAUAGAAAAUCAACUGCUUUCUGGGAUGCUCUGGUUUAUAAACUGGAAUCUGGUAUUUAACUGCACUGGAUUUUUUUUCUCCCUAACAAACAUGCUUAUUGGCUAUUUGACAACCUGAAAAGACCCCUCAUGUGGUAUUUGAGAGAGAUCUUUUACAGUUUGUGUGCUUAAGCAGGUUAAUGUGCUCUUCCUGCCAUUAUUUUGUGUACUAUAACAAAGGAGAAAUUUAUUUUUAUUGUAAGUGUUUGUUAAUUUUCUGAACUUUACAUUUGGAGGAAUGUUUUGCAGUGUUACUUUAUUUUGUUGUGGUUUUUAUUUAAACUGGAAUUUUAAAGUGGCUCUGUCUUUAUUAUCUAGUGUAAAAAAACUGACUACCCUCAAGUGCCUUAAAUAUUUCACCCAAGGAUUGCUGGCUGCCUAUCACAGUCUGGUGAGCCAGUUCCUAAUUUUUAAAAUGUGACUUUUUGUUUUCAUUGAUGCACUUAAAUGUUUCAGUUUGUGAAUUAUUUUAGUGGUAACUAGGUUUCAAGAAAACAUCUCUCAUUGUUGCCAAAUCUUGUGGUUUGUAGUAAAAGCUUCACUGUGACUUACUCCCUGCCCUGUGCAGAAAGCUCUAGAGAUUUAAUCAUAAAGUAACAAUCUGAGUAAUUAUUUAAUUUAAAAAGUAGUAACUUCUGGCCUUCACAAGAAAAUUUAGUAACACAAACUAGAAACCACGUAGUAACAAUUUUUUUAUUAAUUGAAGGUUAAUUUGGCCACACUUCAUGAACCUCUUGGGUCCUACUAACUUUCUAAGGAACUGUGAAGCUUAGAGGAUGAAAGAAUUCUAAUGAAUAUGUGAGGGUGUUGCACAACUGCUCCAUUCAUGAUGUGCUAGAGCCUGUGGUUGUGUUUUGUGUUGCCUGGCUAGCAGGACUCAACAAGAUCUGAAGGCUCGAUGGUAAAUUUGUUAUUAAUUUCAGUGUCUAAACAAAAAGUGCUUUGCAUCUGGCAGCAAGAUUGUACGCCGCAUUUAGAAGCACGUGUCACUGCAGUAUGUCAGUCCUGUUGACUAAAAUAUGGUGAGCAUUAGUGGUGCUUGGGGAGGAGGUUUGGGCGGAAGAAUGGCUCAGAGGAAGGACAGAGCAGCACUGUCCAUGUCCACAGCCUCUGGGGUGAGAUGGUGCAGUGACCCAAAGUUUUUGCUGGAAUUACUGUGGACAAUCCUACAGUUCUUAAUGCAGGAACUCCUCCUUGACCUCCUCUCUCACCACACAGCAGCUCAGACAGUGACUGCCUUGUUUUGCCACAGGAGCUUUUCUGUCUGAAACUUUAUGGGGAAGGAUUUCCAUUAUGGCAGCCUGGUGGGGUGGGAUCAGUGUUUGUAGUGAACCUUCUUCAGUGAAGGAAGCCCUUAGACUUGUUCAGAGAUCCCCUUGGAUUUAUCAACUCCUCUCUUUGAUUUCUAGGCAGAUACUCAGUUCCAUGCUCAAUCUUGAUGACCAUUGUUGCCUCUUGGUGUCUUGGAAAUAGUUCUAUUAUUAAUAUAGUAAGAAUCAUGCAGAAUUGUUUGAUUUUGUUGUUUUUGGAGGGUUAUCAAGAGAGGAAAAUUAUUGUAUUUUGAAGGAAGAUGUGAAAUGUUGGUAAGUUCAUGAUAUAGUUUAGUUUCUGAAAUUUGCCAAAUUUCCUCAAAGGUGAAGGGGACUGAACAAGCCAAACUCUUUGUAAUGGCUCUGUUUUUUUUCAGUCUUUUCUGGGUAGAUUUGCAUUACAGAGGAAAGAAAGUCUUAAGUCUUUUGAUGGAUGCUUGCAGCUAUGUGAGCAUAUCCUUUUCUGUUUCAAAUUUGAUAAUUUCUGUUUUAUGGGAGCUAAGUGAAGUGGGCCUUUAGAAAGCUGUCUGUGGCAAUCAUAAAAUCUAACUCUCAAGCAAUGCUCUAGGGAAGAAAUUCUGCAUUCUUAGAAGCUGUUCCCUUACAUUUGCAUUCAUUCUGACUGACACAGUGCUUCAUUUCUUUGAGAUGUAAAUGGAUAGGAACAGUCUUUGAGAACUAUAGGGAUUACAGCAUGGAUUAAAAGUAUUUCUCUCAUUUUCAGAGACUUCUUACUAGCUUUAAAAAGUCUGGUCAGGUCAACAGAAAUUGUGAUGGGUCAAAAGAGGCAGUUGCUAUCCUGUUGCCAGAAUAGUAAUUCCUAAUGUGUCAUCUACAGGAAAAUCCCAAAUAUGGUUUGGGGGAAGCUGUAGAAAUUAGCUGAUGGAUUCAAGACAAAUGUUCAAUAAUUUUCAUGUCUUACUAAACUCCAAAUGAAUGUCUGCUGCUGUAUUUUAGCACUUAGCAGCAGAAAAAUUGCUCUUUAAAGGAGCCUGAAUUUUUAAAACAGAACACACUUAGAUUCUUUUGUUGUUUGAUUGAAAACUGGCUGCAGUUGUUCUGCUGAGUGGGUAUCAAACAUCUCUUUUGCUUAUGGGUAAUUGAUGCUUCUACCUUCCCUUCCUUUCCCAUCCUCUCCUUCCAAGCCACACCUAAGACAGUGAAUAUUCUGGAUUUGACAGAGACAAGAUCAAAAUUUUACAAAUAACAUUUGUGGAGAGGGGGUUCGUUUUGGCUCUUUUUUCCCUAAGAAUACAGAUGAUAGAAACACAGGAAAAAAAAUUAGAACAGAGGGAGAUUAAGUAAAAUCCACCCUCUGAGUGAUGGAGGAGUGAAAGAGAGAGACAGGAAUGCAUUUAAGUAUUAUUAAUGCCUAUUUUAAAAAGGAAGUGGGCUGGAAAAUAGAGGUACAAAUGUCAGUUCUUUAGAGUGAAAUACCAGUGCUUGAAAGAAUUAGAAACACACCCAUUAAAAAGGCAGAGCUCAGCUGUGGUAACUCUGUCUUCAAACAGCCAAAGAAGGAAGAGCACUGAAACUAUCCAAGGUGACUUACUGUGACCCCUCGGUGCUACCUUGGGAGCUAAUGCUCCUAAAUGGAUUUUUCUAAACAUCCCCCCAUGUAAAGUAGUGCUGAGAGGGAGCACCCAGCCCCUGCAGUUGCUGGUCACUGUGCAGUGCUGCUGUGAGUAAAUGUGGAGUAUGUUACUGGGUGGAGGGGAUGGUGAGCCCCAGGAUGAGUAACUGGGCACUGAGUGUUACAGCAGUGCUGGCAGCAGAGCAGUGUUCAUCACAGUGAUGACUUUAAUAGCAUUUAAUAGACAUUAAUUCAAAGUCAGAUGUGAUACUGCUCUUUUAAAAAGCAUUUCCAGUGCCAUUAACCUUCUGUCAUGAGGAGCCACUAAAAUUUCCACUUUUUUGGUGGAUAUUGGGAAAAGUGCUUCUCGUGUUUUCUGAAUCCUGGAGAUAAGUUGGCUGUCUGCACUGGAAAACCUGUAUUCAGUUGAUAGUUUAAAUCAGUUUUGGGGUUGAAGCUUCCCUCCCAGGCCAAAAAAAAACCCUGCGAAACCAACACCUAAAAACUAAAAUAAAAAAGGUGUUUCCAAAACAAGUGGCUAAGAGCUUUUGUAGAUGGCAUUGCAGAAAAGGUAAACAUCAAAUACCCUCAAUCUAUAAAGAGCAUAGACAAUAAAAGUCUAAGUUAAUAUUCCAGCUGUACUCUUACUGCAAGUUUGACUCUGUUGGUUAAAUUAUUUGUGUUCUUGUUGGAUGCAGGUACUGAAUGUGCAGCACCAGCCAUUGUCUGUUUCCAGUCUUAUGGUACUGAAGGAUCAAGCAAUGCUUUAGGGAGAAGGUGGGGGAUGUUAGCCACAACAGAGCAGAUUGAAGAUGAUUCAUGUAUAAUUUAGCUCUGGUUAAGCCUGAAUUAAAUUUCCCUAGUUAGUUCUAUUACUGUCCCUUUUGCAAUUGGGCUUGUGCCUUCAGACAGCUUCCUACAAGGAAAAAAUGGUCCGUUCCCCCUUUCUGAGGAGCAAAUGCUUCUGAUGAACAAAAGGCCACCCAGGAAGGAUUGGAGAAGGAGAAACAAGCUUUCAAAUGAAUGCAAAACUUCACAAUCUAUAUGAAGUUAUAUAUUCUCCCUAUACACAAAUUUAUAGCAGGUCUGGUUGCAUUUGAGGAGUGCUGGAAACCAGGGGGGUUUCAGCCAAGCUCAUCAUAACCUUUCAAAGAGCACCAAAUCCAAGAGGCUGCUCCUCUGUGUCACUGAAUUGAGCCACUCACCCAGCCAGCCCUAUGGAGUAUUUGUUUUGCAGCACUGACAGCUCUUCAGAGAUAAGCUAGAAAUGCUUUCUGCAUAUGUUUUGGUUGGGCUUAAUAUAUUUCUUGGAUUUUAUUUAAUUUAAAGCUGUUUUUAUUUAUAUAAGUCAUGUCAGCUGAGAAGUAAACAAAUGGAGACUUGAAGGAGUGACUGCACCUCUGAACAUGAAUCUGUCAUAGACACUUGUUAAAAUAAUGCCUUAAAAUGAGCUGGUAGGCUCUUGUGACAGAUAAUCUUAUCUCUGCAUGGAACAGAAACCAAAAUCUUCCACAGAAUCACUUAAACCUUUAUUUUGGUGCGACCCAUCAGACCUGAACGCUCCCAAGCUGUUCAGUGUCCCUGGUUUAAUGCGUGUUCCGACAUCGCUGCUGGUGCACACAAAAAUAAACAAGGGACAGCUGUGUUGGCCACAUAGAAAAUUUAGCAAGAUGCAGCUUUUGUUAAGCAGAAGAGGACAAAAUCAAUAGGAAAAGAAAUGUUUUCAAGCUUCUUGGAAUGCAAACAAUGGAAUAAAAAAAAGCAGUCUAGAGGAGUUGGCACUGCACUGUCGGCUGAAAACCACUGUUUCAAGCAAAUGAAUUUGGCUGCUUUGUUACGUCUGUUUUAUUUUGAUAACAAACUCUCAGUCAGAGUUUUAUGUCUUGUGUGCUUUUUAGUUGAAGAGACAAGAUACAUUCAGCUCCUUAGAAAGUUAAAUAUAUCUGGACUUUGUGACUAGCUAGAUCCUAAUUACUGAAUUUUCUCUCAACUAUUAAGCCUGAUUACUAAUUUCCAGGAGAUAUUAAUAGAUCAAAUACUGAAGUUAUUACUGAUUAAAUGGUUCUGGAUUUCCAUGCACAGGAAUGUCAUUGGUCCUUCCUGAUCUAGUGGAUCAAUCCUUGGAGUUAUUUUUCCCUUUUGAGGCCAUACAUUAGGCAGGUAAAAGGCUUGUUGCUUUGGCAAAUGGAGCUGGAAUGUGUGGCCAUCAUUCCUGCCAGCAACUAUUUAUCCUUUUAUCUAAGCAAUGAUGGUUCUUUUUGGAUGUCCAAGGAUGAAGAGAUAAUAGCUAGGAAACCAGGAUGAUCCUAUGGGGACCUUCUCAGGGCAAUCAAAAUACUUACUCUUUUUUUGGAGUGCCCUUUAUAACUUUGAAAAGGCAUUCAGCUGAAUAUUGCAUGAUUAAUGCUGCUUUGUCUGUUUUUCCCACUUUUUUCUUCCAUGUAUUUAAUAAUAGCAAGAUAUUUGUUUUAUUUGGGGCCAAAACUUUACACUGACCAAAGAAAAGGCCAGUAUAAAGUUUUUAACUCCAAGUUCCUUAAACUCAAUGACUUUAAUUACUUUUAACUUCCUCUUCUGAAGGUCAGUUUUGCUCUGUGUCCUCCCGAUUUUCUUCCCAGUUUUCUUUUUCUCUAUCUUCUAUGUACUUUAACAUUGUCACCCUCUCCCUCCCCAAAAUGCUGUUUUUAGGCUAUAAAAACUGUUGGCUGUUUAGUCAGUUUAGUUGCCACUUUGUAAUUUUCACUUCAUCUGUGUCCAUAGUGAAUUUGGUCUGAUCUUUGGAGGCCUGCAACACCAAGAGUGUGAAAAGAUCCAUGUCAGCUAGGAAGAUAAGAGACUACAGUAACUGUUGCUUUGGUAUGGACCAGUAUUGGAUAUACAAGAAGAAAAUCCUGUUAUUUGUCUCUCACACCAUAGGAAUACUUAAACUUAUUUCAGGUAACAAUAGCUCUCCCCCUGAUUACAGGACUUGAGAAACCUUCUUGCCUGUCUUUCCCUAUUCCUGCAGAUUGUUUGUGUUUGCAAACAUUUGCACUGUUGAGAGAGGGGGGGAGGUUUUCUGCCUUCCCUGCCCUCCCCAGCUCCCUGUCAGUGGCUGAGCAGGGUGGGAGCAGCAGCACAGCCCGAGGCUCAGCCACCUCCCAGUCAGUGCCAUUCUCCAGGCUCUGCCCCGUGCUGUGACGCCAGUCCCGUGCUUGAGGAGUGCUGUGACACCUCUAGCUACUCCUGCUGACUUCAAAAUAUAUCUUCUUAUCAGUAUUAAAACAGCACAAGAGCAGAGCUGUUGCUUUAGGCACAUUUCUUGCCACUGUGUUGGCUGAUGAACCUUGAAUGAAAGUAAGAGGGCCAGUGACUUUGAAAUAGGAGCUGUUAGCCGAAUUUUGUAGAAUCAUAGUCCUUAUUUAUUUUGUAUGCUAAUCUGCACUUGUGACCCUGAGCAGAAACGCUGCAGUACAGCAGGUUUUAUAAGCUGUGGCUUAACCAGUGAUCUAGUCUCUUAAAACUCUUAUUUAAGCUGACUGGUUUUAUGCACAGGUUGAAAACCUGUUGUCACUGAUCAUUAAAUGCUAUGCAUAUUGUACAUUCAUUUACAUGGAUUGUUCUAAUAGUGCUUGUGUGUAUUAUGCUACAUUACCAUAUUUUUUAUAUAUGUAUGUAUUGCAUGAUGUUUAAUUGUUGGGAUUUUUUUGUACUGUCACUUUUGUAUUCACACAGUGCCUCAUGUAUCUAUUUGCAUAUUGCAAGAAGUUGUUUCAAAACAGUGAUUGGAAACGGGGAGGGGGGAUAAGAACUUGCCACUGUAGGAUCUGAUGGUCUGAAGUAUUAAUAAAGUAUAGUGAUUUGAAA